AUGGUGCCAUCGAUCGACCAUCGACUGGUCAUUGGAGGUGAAUACGUCGUCGACGUCGUCCAAAAGUAUCCCGCUGUCACGACAUGUGCCCUUCGUCUGUACCACGCCAAUAUUAGGUUUCUCGUUGAUACCGCCAAAAGCGAGACCGUAAUUAGCCUCCCUGCCUACAGUGCCCAGCAGACGCUGCAGGAGGCAGCACAACGGAAAUCCCUACAGAGAAUCAACGACCCGGGUGGUUCAGUAAGCUUAGCUCAGUCCAUUGUGGGGGUAUUCAAACCGCUUGGUUAUAAGCCAAUGGAACCCUGCUUAUUUAUUCAUAUGCCACGUGAGCAAGCGUGUCCCCCGGUGCUGAGUUCAGCUGCGUCAACUAGCGUCGACGGGGUGGGCCGCCGGUGUGACGUGAUCAAACACUACGAACAGCUGUCUUUGUCCGUUGAUCCCCAACAUUCGUCGAUCUAUCAGUACGUAGCAUUGCAACGUCAGUGUGUCUCUGCUAAGUUUCUUUUGAAGGUGGUGCUCGUAAAACUCAUGCCGUUCUAUCGUUUCCGUACUGUCGGAUCUGACGAACUGCAUCCACCCGUCGCAGGCUCUCGUUUCACUCCAUCGGCAUUGUCUGAACUGAAUGAAGUCAGAGAGUACCACUGCAUAAACGCCACAAUCACGUGCAACGUUCAGUCGUUGUAA